AAGAAGACCAAACAUUAAGUUUAAACAGGGUCAGCGAUGCGCGCUCAUGUUACAUAGAACGAAAUAUGCUUUGACUUGGGGCGUAUGCGCGGUUCCCCGUACUGACGCCGACCCAGCGAGCAUACUUCCUAACGAGGCACGUAACCGAUCUAUUGUCAACUGUUCUCGACUCACUGCGACUCACCGCGUGUAUACGGUAACUCGAGCUGAUCGAGCAAAUGACUGGCGGCCAAACGCGUACACCAUUCAUGAUUUCCCUACCACCCCUGCCACUCUGCCCAACGCCACCCAACGCCGUCCGUCACCAACGUCAUUCGAGCAACGACGAGCGAACGGGGCGACCGCGGCAGAUUCAACCAGAUUCAACAGGGAAAAGCGGAAAAGGAGUAAAUCUUUUUUUCUUUUUUUUUUGCUCAAGGGCCGCGGUCUCUUGCGCACGUCGCGUCCAGUUACCGGAUUUUUUGGAAAAAGAAAUUUAAACCACCCCGUAAAGAAACAUGAAAUGUGCUGCAUCCAUCGAAGACUUUCCUGUUUUGAAGUUACCCCACGUGUACAUGAAAGAUGAGGCCCAGGUACUUCGUACCAUUAACAGGAUGAUCGAAGCCGGCUCCGACAAGUUACAAGUUAUUACAGAUUUCGAUCUGACUUGUACAAAACAGCACGUAAAUGGCAAACCAGUUUUGACUUCAUUUGGGAUAUUUGGAAAAUGUACACAGCUCCCGGUAACAUAUGCAGUUGAGUCAAAAAAACUGUACAAGAAGUAUCGACCCAUUGAAAUCGAUCCAGAAUUGUCGGUAAACAAUAAAACCGAAGCAAUGAACGAAUGGAUGGUAGCGGCUGAAAAGUUAUUAUGUGGAUUCGAAUUUGAUUCAAAAGAACUAGCCGAAGUUGCUAAAAAGUAUGGAACGGCUUUAAGAGAUGGUACAAAGGAUUUGUUCGAGAAGCUGUUCGAAGCUAAAGUACCUAUCUUGGUAUUUAGUGCGGGACUGGGAGAUGUAGUCGAAGCGGUACUCAAAGACCAAGAUGUCUUAUUUAAAAACGUCAAGGUUAUAUCAAACUUCCUUAAAUACGAUGGUAGGAAGUUGAAUGGCUUCCAACAGGACAGAUUCAUACAUGUCUUCAACAAAAACGAACACGCAAUAAAUGGCGAGUAUUUUCAAAUCCUCGAAGGAAGAGGAAACGUAUUACUGAUGGGAGAUUCCAUAGGCGAUGCCAACAUGGCAGAUGGAGUUAAAGAUCUUGAAGCCAUUUUAAGGAUCGGCUUCCUUUAUGAUCAUGCGGAGGCAAGUUUGCCUGCAUAUAUGGAAGCAUUUGACAUCGUUCUGGUGGAUGAUCAGACAAUGAACGUGUCAAGGGAUAUAACAAAGAAGAUUUUAGAGUAACUUGCCAUGAACUAAAUCGAUGGGUCUGAGGAUGCUACUGCUGAAAAGUAAAGGGAAUUGCCCCGCACCUGUAUAAAUUUGCAUUUUUAAUUGUAAGGAGUUAAACGAACCGCAUCAUGCAUUUUUCACUUAAUCGACAGCGUAGAUGGGAAGGUUAGAGUUACAAGAGGUCAGAGUCCGUACUGACACUGCGCAGAAAGAAUUUACUUUAUUUUAUGUUGAAAUGGUUCUUCGUUACUGCCUUGACAAACUUUUGUCGAUCUUCAGCUGCGAGUUUUUUUUAAUCUUUUGUCCAUCACUUUUCUUUUGCCCGCGUGACACUCCGUCGAAAUUGAGUAACCGCAAGUAAUUAUGUUUUAUCUGACAAAUUGUCGCCGUUAUUUUCGCUGAAAGUCUCUUUACAAUAAAUGUCUUUGUACUUUUAACUUUGGGACAUUUUUAAAAGAGUCCUACCAUCCUUUAUGUACCCUAUUAUUUUGCCGAAAACUUCUCUUUGAUUAGAAUAAAUUGAAUUCCAUUA